GACGAAUUGACCCGCCUGGGGUUCUAGUAAUUUAAUUACCUUAGCCUUGGUGUGUCACAUAAUCGCAUCAGCUUACAUUCCUUGGGAUUUCGAGAAAUGGAAGCCUCUUCCGGCACAGGAGGUUUGGCUCUAAAGGAGCAAGACAGGAAGAGAGUUACCAAGGUAAGGCUCCUUAACGCCCCAGUACACAGUCUAACACUUCCUGGAAGGCUUGUCAGCAGUGUCAGGUGAGGAAGAGGCGAUGUGAUGGGAAUAUUCCAAGUUGUUCCCCUUGUGUGAGCCAGGCUCUUGAUUGCAAGUAUUCGGAGGUAAGGAGACGGGGUAAAGGGAAAACGAAAACGUACGUGGAGCGUCUUGAGAGAAGAAUUGCAAUGAUGGAGCGCUCUUUACGUCGUUCGUCUCAAGUCCCGGGCCAGGCACUUAGUCCAACACAUUCUAUGCCAGGAUGUCGGGAAGCGCCACCCUUGAAGAGCACGGCAGAAGGAGCUACGUGUUCUGGUUCGUCUACUAAAGGAACAAGACACCUCGCGGCAGAUCAGAUGAUCGAGCAGAUAUGUGAGACGCAAAUGAUGACAUCGAAUGGAUUAUUUGAUGAGAAUAUGAUGAUUCUGAGAGACAAGCUUUCUGCAUUAUUUCCCGACGAAAAUAGUGUGAAGAGCCUGAAGCUCCAAAUCUCCCGCGGCCCUUUUGUCCUUAACAAAUUCACGGGCCUUGCGCAAAAGGCCCAUCUCAAAUCACUUUUUGGAAUUGCUUUCGAUGACUUUAAUUGCUCAUGGCCGUUGUUCAAUCCUUCUAUGCUAAUAGCCCUUCUGGAUGAGCAGGAUAUAAGUGAUGCUGCUUCCACUUGCGAGAGCCUUACGCGCUGGGGUAUGUUGAACUCCGCAGCAGCGAUCGCAAUCCGGUCCAAAACAGCCAAGGGCUCUUAUAAUGAAAUGAUCGAUUUAUCGUGGCACUUUUUCAAGAAUUCUUUCAGCUUGUUUUCCGUACUUGUUUCUCGGGGCACAGAUAUCUUGGCUCUGGAAACCCUUCUUGCCAUGGCUCUAUUCACGCACGGAUCGACUGAUUUGCGAACAACAUCACUUCUAAUAUCCACAGCUGCAAGGAUAUCAUUAACCCUCGGAUUUCAUAGGGAGACCUUCUAUACAGAUAUGGACCCGGUCAGAGCUGAGCGUCACAGGCGGGCGCUUUGGAUUGCCUAUAUACUUGACCAAGAUAUGUCCAUCAAGACUGGGCUGCCGUCGGUUUACAGCAACGAUGACCUCGGCCUUGACUAUGCAAGUUCAGGUUCGCUAGGUGUUCCUGGAAAGAUUGCCAUCUCGGGAAGUCGUGUGGAAGCCAUCGUCUUUCGAAUACGCACCGAGCUAGCCAUGAUUCAAUCCAAUAUUCAAAGUCGACUAUAUUCUGAAAAGAGCGCUAAGAUGACUGUUACCCAGCUCCUGGGAGCAGCCAUGGAGCUGGACCACCAGCUUGAAGAAUGGAAGAAGACGAUUCCUUCGGAGAUGCAGCCGGGCCACACUGUUUGGUCAGCUGUUGCGCCGCUAAAGGAACCUAUUAUUUCUUUGCACUUUGCAUAUUACCACGCUAUUGAUGUAAUACACAGUUUUGUCGCGCGUCUCAAGCCAGGAGAUGAUAUCACCUUACUUCCACAGUGCGUUUCUUCGGCACUCACUCAGACGAGCACAGCUUACGAGACGAUCCGCCUGCUGCAACACCUACCCCCCCAGCUGCCAGGAGCACUCUGGUAGGGAUACAAGUUCCUCAUGUGGUGCUGUGCUAAAUUGUUCAUAGGCAGGUCUUGUGCUAUCCUCUAUCUGCUUGUAUUGCGCUGUUAGCAAUCCUGCUUAGAAACCCCACCGAUGUGCGGGCACGAUCGCAUUUGAGACAUAUCAGUGGCGGUUCC